UCAUUCUUGAUUAAAGCAAGGCUGGGAUGAGACGUCAUUUGUUUUCAGCUCAUGUGUCAUAAACCCAGCAAAGUUUAGUUCAUUCUGGAAAUGUCUGGGUUUCUGGGAGUAGAAUAUAUAAGGCGUGUGUUCUGAGUGCUGCAGCAGAUCAGAGACUGAAGACUGGGAGUUCACAUCAGUCGGUUUAAGAGAAGUGAAAGAAGAGGCAGAGACAAUGCUGAGCUGUCGGUCUUUCCACCCUUCACGUCUGUGCCAGCAGCCUGUGUACACAUUGUGGCCUGUUCCACACAGGGUCUGUGAGCCGCUUGAAUGCAACACAUGGAAACAGAUGGAAGAAUCGAGAAAGAGCAUGAACUUCAUGGAGCGAGUUCUUGAGGAGCUGGCAAAAGAAUUUUGGGAGGAAAAACCAAGAAAUCAGGACAACAGACCUGGUGAUAAUGAAGAAGGUAAAAGACUAUCAGUGGACAAGGAGGGCGAUGGCUUUUCUCUGUCCCUGGAUGUCCAGCGAUUCUCCCCAGAAGAACUGAAUGUGAAAGUACUUGGAAGAAAAGUGCUGGUGACAGGAAAACACGAGAAGAAAAGUGAUGAUGGCAGCGGCUCUUCCAGCUACAAAUAUGAAGAGUUCAGGAGAGAAUUUCAGCUGCCAGAAGAUGUCGAUGCUGAAGCUCUUAACUGCUGUUUGUCACAGGACGGUCGGUUAAAGGUUCAAGCCCCACGCCUGGCACUGCCAGCUGUGAAUGAACGAAUUGUGCCCAUCAACAUCACCUCGGAUACAACAACCAGUCCCCGGCUAAAUCCUGGCCAAGAGGCACAGAAACUGAAGAGUGUGAAUGAUGCAAAGAAAAUUGAGGAGGAAGUAAAAAUGGACAAUUAAAACUCAUUUACCAUUAAAUAAGAUGUACGGAUUCUUUAUGUGCAGAAAUGAAUUUCUGAGACAUUGAUAUGAAGGCAUAAUCUGAAAGUGAAUUUUUAAAUUGUAAGUCUGAACUGUGUUAUCAGCAUUCAUGUGGAUUAUUUUUAUAUAUAGAUAUGUAUCUGGAAAAAUAAAUACUUUUGAAAAUAA